AUGCUUCGGCUGCGCGUGCCGAUCAUGGCUCAGCCACGUCACAUUUAUGAUCUCGCUGACGAGCUACUGAGCGAGAUCUUGUCCUUUCUUCUCGAACCCACACCUCGAGCCUUAAACGGCAGAUUCAAUGGAAAUGGACAUACUUCCAGGACUGAUGACCAUGGACAUGGCGAAGUGUCCGAUCUUGAUCACUUUCGACUCGUCUGCAAGCGCUUCAUGCGAAUCGGCACCCCUUACAAGUUCAAUCGAUUUACUCUGCGCUUUUCUGAUCAUGGAUUCCGGCGACUAGAUGAAUUGGUAGACAUGCAGCUAGCCUACUAUGUGAAGACCAUCACGUACAUGGUGCGACCCUUUUAUCAAGGAAGCGGAUGGACCCGGACACUGCGAACUUUGGGGUUAGAGAAUCCCGAAAUAGCCCAACUACACAGCCGCCGACUGCGUGAACAAACCAAUCUAACUGAAACCAACAACGACCAAACCCGCCUUCGUCGUGCAAUCGCAGCGUUCUCAACCCUACAGGAAAUAAAACUCCUAAGACUCCAAGACGAAGCAGACGAGUACCUCAUCGACUUUAUACGCGACCACUCACUGGGAACCGGCACCAGCACCGCAACAAGCAUCCGCUUCGACUGGGAAACCGCCUGCUCGCGCGCCGUAACAAACCUCAGCAUCGCCCUGCUCGAUUCAGAAUGCAGCUCCAUUCGCUUCACAGGGCCCCAAAUCAGCCCCGAAGCAACCCUCCAGCUCCUCCGCGCCCCGUCAACAACCCUCGCCGCCAUGGGCGGACGCCUCACAAGCCUCGACAUAAACUUCCACUCGACCACCGACAUCACCACAACCAUGGCCGACCUGUCAGGAGUCUUCCACCGCUUCUUCGUCGCAGCCAAAAACCUCAUCGCCAUCCACAUCGGCUUCCUCAGCAAAACACCCCUAGACCUCGACCUCGAGCUACUCUUCCACCACAUCCGCUGGAAAACCCUCCGCAAACUCAGCAUCCAAGGCUGGCGUCUGAGCGCAGACGAGAUCAUCGCACUGGCACGUCGCCACAGUCCCCAGCUACGCGAUUUCCGCCUACUAAGCGUCUACCUCCGGCCCGACGGCUUGUGGCGCGAUGUGCUGGCUGUCCUGCGUGAGGAAAUGGAGCAGUUGGAGCGGCUGGUUCUGAAGGAUAUUGACUACGCUGCACAUUUUGAUUCCGUGGCUGUUUCAAACGGUGUUGAGGUGUUUGAUGAUUACCCUGUUGAUCCUGUGCCAUCUUCUGUUACUGUUGCGGCUGGUACGUCCUCGGCUGUUCAGUCGCCGACUACUACCCCGCCCGCGUCUGAUAGUCCCCUUGCUUUGGUUAGGGGGAGGCGAUUGCCGUUGAGACGGACUUCGCUUGAGAGGCUGCGUGCAUUGUCUAGUGAGGACUUGGGGGAUGACGGGGUGCAUGUCUUGCGUGAGCAGAUGCCUCUUUGGGAGGCGUGGGUCCUUUCUGCCCCACAUCAAGUUAAAAGGAAUGGUCGGUCACAUUGGAGUAUGUAA